UUGGCGAACGGCCCUGGAUUACGAUGCGCCGUGAAUAAUUAAUAGCCGGUGUUGCCUGUCGGUAUCGUAGCAUGAUCGCCGUGCCAUGGCACGCAACUGUGAUCUCAGCCCGAGGCGGCUUCUCUAUUGGAUAACGGAUUCUCGGAUUAUUGUCGGCCUUCUUCUCACCUUCUGCGCCUGCACAGCUGAUGCCGCGGACGUCGUCGAUGCACCGUCCAGCCAAGGAGGCCGCGGUGGCCGGGCGCCGCGCGUCACCGAGCAGCCGGUGGACGUGGUGGUCCGCAAGCACGAGCCGGUGACGCUCCGGUGCGGUGCGGACGGCGACCCUCCUCCGCGCAUCACGUGGUUCCACGACGGGAAGACAGUGCGUGACUCGGCCACGCGCAUGGUCCUUCCCGAAGGACAGCUCUUCUUCCUGCAAGUGCAGCACAGCCGCCGGGAACAGGACACGGGACUCUACUGGUGCACGGCAGCCAACGCGCUGGGCACGGCCCGGUCGCGGAACGCCAGCGUCGAGCUCGCCGUGCUUCGCGACGAGUUCCGGCAGCUGCCCAAGAGCGUCCGAGUGGCCGCGGGCGAGUCGGCGACGAUGGAGUGCGUACCUCCCAGGGGCCACCCCGAGCCCACGGUCACCUGGUUCAAGGACGGCGUCCAGGUGCAGCCGGGCACGGGGCGCGUCCGCCUCCUGGCCCAGGGCGCGCUCCUGAUCGCCGACGUGCGCCCCUCCGACCAGGGGCGCUACGUGUGCCGGGCGGCCAACAUGCUCGGUACCAGAGACUCGCCGCCCGCGCUGCUCGCCGUGCACACGAAGCCCUACUUUGUCCGAGUACCGGAAGACGUGACAACACUCGCAGAAGAAUCUGUUCAGUUCGAGUGCCAAGUCAACGGUGACCCCAAGCCGACGGUCACCUGGAGGAGGCAGGAUGGAAAGAUGCCCAUUGGAAGAGCAUACGUUCAAGAGGACAAGAGUCUGCACAUCAAGCAUGUCGUUCCCGCAGAUGAGGGAACAUACAUUUGUGAAUCAGAAAAUAUUGUUGGCUCAGCUUCUGCUUCGGCAACACUUACUGUGCACUCACGUCCGACAUUCCGCCUCACUCCCCAGGACCAGAAAGUGGGGCUCAAUGGUGUCGCCAAGUUUGACUGCCUCGCGACAGGCAACCCACCACCCUCCGUGUUCUGGACCCGAGAAGGCAACCAGGUGCUGAUGUUUCCGGGCAAGUCACACGGUCGCUUCUCGGUCAGUGACGGAGGAACGCUCACCAUCACCGGCGUUCGCAAGGAGGACCACGGCUACUACGUCUGCUCAGCUUUGUCCGUUGUUGGCUCGAGCAUGGCUAAAGGUCAUCUGGAGGUCAUGGCGCUUGCCGACUUUCCGCCGCCGAUCAUACGACUGGGGCCUGCCAACCAGACGCUGCCGCUGCACACGGCAACCCAGCUACCGUGCGAAGCUUCCGGCACGCCCACGCCUUCCGUGCAGUGGCUGUACAACGGGUCUCCUCUGAGCUUCAAAGAUCGGCCCCGAUUCACGCAGCUAGAGUCUGGCAUGCUGCAGAUUCAAGACCUCCAGUUGUUGGACAGCGGUGCAUACACAUGCAAGGCUUCAAGUGAAAGCGGCGAGACAUCCUGGACUGCAUCUCUCACUGUUGACUCACCGCACAAUCCAAACGUGAACUUUCAUCGUUCUCCUGACCCCUCCACAUUUCCCGGACCUCCUUCACAACCUGUGUCCAUAAACACGACCGACACUUCGAUAACCCUAACUUGGAAACGGAGCGAGAAAGUGGGCGCAUCAUCCCUCAAGGGGUACACAGUUGAGUACUACAGCAGCGACCUCCAAAGUGGAUGGGUUCUGGCAGCCCAUCGAAUCCUUGCUGAAACGUACACCAUCCAGGCCUUGCGUCCCGACUCACGCUACAUCUUCAUCGUACGAGCUGAAAAUUCUCAUGGUGUCGGUGUUCCCAGCCCUGCCUCGGAAACUAUACGAACUUUAGGAAUGGCACCACACUUUUUCCCCAAGUACAACCUUGACGAAGCACGAGCCAAGCUCAGUGCCAGUGUGGUGACCCUUCAAGACAUACGAGCCAUGAGUUCAACAGCUGUAAAGUUGAAUUGGAAGGUUCAAGGCAGCAAGGACUAUGUGGAGGGCUUUUACGUUCGGUUCCGGGACACGAGUGGCGUCUCGCAGAAGUACAACAUGGUGACCGUGCUGAACAGUGGAGCCCUCACCUAUGUACUGAACGACCUUAGGAAGUUCACAAAGUACGAAUUCUUUCUUGUGCCUUUCUACAGAAGUGUGGAAGGCCCACCCAGCAAUUCUAGAAGUGUUCAAACGCUUGAAGAUGUGCCAACAGCCCCACCCAACAGUGUGGAGGUCCAUGUUCGCAACAGCACAACUGCAACUAUAUUCUGGUCUCCUCCACCUCCUCAGCAUCGCAAUGGAAGACUCAGAGGAUACAAUGUGUACGUGAAUGGAAAUACCUCUGGCCUUCGUUUCAAUCAAAGCACAAACUCCACGACCAACAACCUAACAUUAAGCAACCUGAAGACAGGAGACAUAUAUGAAGCACGCGUGGUUGCCAUGACUACUGCCGGUGAAGGACCAACCAGCAGCCCCGUCCACUUCAAAAUGGAAAGCCCAACGUCCUCAACAUCACUUUCUACUCCCAUUCAAAACAUCAUGACACAGGCAUGGUUCAUUGCACUUUUUGGAUUCUUGUUGCUGGCAGCAGUCACAAUCUUCGUGACACUUCUAAUACGGAAAAGACGGCUGGAACACACAAAGACAAUUAUAACAGCUCCUGUACAUAAGCAAGAAGACAUAAGAAAUUGCUUCAAUUCCUUCUCUAGUCCUGGGGGCCUGAGCCCUCACGAAGCCUUGUGGAUUGACCAUAGUGCCUGGAGAGCUUCUGACUCAUCUAAGGAGCCCUUCUGUGAAACAAAGGCUGUUAACAAGAUGAGCAGUGCUUUGAAUGAUCUUAACUAUUCUAGUGUCUACGCACCUUUAAACUGUGGCAUCAAUGCCUCAGACUAUGCAGAAGUGGACACUUACAACAUGACAUCCUUCUACAAAAAGGACAUUCCUUCUAUCCCAGAACCUUAUGCUACUACGGCGCUCAUAAAUACUUCAUUCCAGAAGAACUUAAACGGUUCAGCUAAAGAUAGUCGCAGUGGAAGCUCAGCAGAAGAAAGGAGCCGGACAUCAGACAAGGUUUUUGAUCUGGAACUGAAGCAAACAAGUGAAGACCAGCUGUUGGAAUUGGACAAGCUUGCUAGUCCAACCAGUGACUCAGGGAGUUACACAACAGAUGAGUACGGGAUGCCUGUAAAAAAAAGUCGCCAAAAGUUAUCACGGGGACGAGCCACCUCCAGAGGACCUGUGAUGAAUUGGUCCGAAAUCAUUCCUCCACCCCCUCAGAAGCCACCCAGUGACGUUAGUUCUCAACUAAAUACUCCUGCAUCCCUCAGAAGGACAUCACCUCACAACGCACAGCUCACACAGAGCCUGCAACAAAGUGUAGUCCAGCCAUCCAACAAUCUGAGAGGAGCGCAGGGCGCUCAGCGACGCCCAGCGCCUUCACCUAAGGGUUCCCUAGAACAAGCCAGCAACAGCCUACGGAGCCUCUAUGCAGACCCCUACCAAGGGGGCCCUCCCUUCCAGCCCAGGGCAACAAAAUCUCUCCUGAAGCCUUUACAACCACAGCACAUACAGCAGCAGCAGCAAUAUCCACAACAGAUAUUCAGCAACCCAUUUAUGGACCGAGGUGUCCAGUCAUCAUUGUCAUCGCUCAUCAGCGAGCCCACAUCUUUAAACCCUGCCAUGGAGCUAUCAGGUCCACGGCUAGCCACUCUUCAAGGCCACAUCUACCAGCCAGCAGAUGCAGAGUCUGAUGCAGAGAAUGCGUCACAGCCACAGUCAUUGGAGUCUAGUGUUGCGGGGGACACAGAUUAUGCACCAAGCCACACACCAUCCUGGGCCAGCACAACGGAGCAGAGCAACAGCUCUUGUACAAGCGGCUGUUCUAGCAGCGCAAGUUCCUAUGACGACUCUGUCUACAAAAAAGGGGACUUCGCAAGUGCAGUAAUGCGGGCAGCGCAGAAUGCGGGGUUUCAAGUCAAUGGCUCGGUCAUCUCUACAGCAGCUCCGACAGCAGUGCAAGGGGCGCCGUACAAGCAGCAAAGCUUCCCAAUAUACGACGACCCUCCUGACAUGGUGACGCCUCCAAGCAGAUCAGGGACGCAAAGCUGGAAAGUUGUCAGUUGAGAGGAUGUCACUUCCCAACCUUGCCACUCAAAGAGCUUGCCUAUAGGUUUUUCUGACAAUGAAAAGGCUAACAGCGACUCAGGCAGGACAUAAGUGGACAUUUGAACCAUGGGUCAACAUGAAAAGUGUUGAUUUUCAUGCAAAGGUUCUCCUUUACCCUCAACAUGACAAUGACAGCUGAAUGUCAGCCCUGUGUCAGAAUUGCCAAAUGAGACCCUGCCACAAACGGAUGCAAAGACGAAAAGAGCCGGAGAAAAGAACUCCUGCUUCGACCUUGAUGUGAUUUGCUGACCAAGUUCCUUCUGUUGCUGAAAAAAAGAAGAAUCUUCAUUUAUGUGACAAGUCCACCAAAGUAUGCAAGCGGGUGAUGUGAUGUGUGCCAAACAAGGACAUGCCGUGCUGCAAUAAUGAGAAAAUUAUAGGAUGCGCCAGAAGAAAAGACAUUGUACAGUGUGUGUUCACGAGAUGUGCGAGUGAAUGAGCGUGUGCAUGUGUAUGUUAAGUGUAAAAAGAUAUGAGAGUAUCUGUAUAAAUGUACAUGCACAAUGGCAGACAUUGUUAGUGCCUGGCACAAUCUUACUCAGCUGCCACAUCCCAGCAUAUCAAUGGACAGAACUGUGCAUUUUGUGAUGCUUCACGAGUUGCAAGUUACAGUAAGUGGGUAUCACAUGACUCAAAGGUAUAGUGUGGGAAAGACAGGCAUGAGCAAUUAAAGCAGAUGCAAGAAACUCAUUGAGCAGUUCUGCAUUGUGCACCAAGACAUAAAUUCCAGGCCUGCCUUCUUCUAUGCUGUACCUUGGAGCCAUGUUUUUUUAAUGGUUGAAACAGCUCUCUAGGACACUGUUCCUGUGCAGCACAGUUUCUGUCCAAUUCCUUAGUGGCCAUUGGUUGGUGUACAGGCAACAGCAGCAUGUCAAGCAAGCAGUAUGCCCUGCCGCUUCUUAAUUUAUUGUUGAAUAUUUCAUUUUAAGACAAUGAUAGUAGAAGCAGAAAGAGAAAUGUGCAUAUACAAAGCGAAAAACAGUCACCAGAAAUAAAAGUCACUGUUGUCUAUCUUAUGAAACUGAAACAAGUGUGUCUCCUAAAACUGAAAAUAGCACCUACAUGUAGCUUAAAGUUCAAAUUCAGCAAAAUUUAGCAUCAAAUAAAGAUAUUUGUAGUGAUAGUGUAGCUACAGAGAGGGCUCAGCGCAAUAUUUUGUAUGUGAAACAUGAAAAGAACAGAAAAAAUCCAAUUUUAUACUAAAACUGACAAAAUCACAGCCAUUACAAUUUGCUGGAAGUGAUGCAGAACCCAGACUAGGCCUGACCAGAACAGAUGUGCCUGCUUGUUGCUAUACUCACAUCAUGUGUGAUGCACACAGCUCCAUUCCAUGA